GGAAUCUUUGGCAUACUUUUUUAAACAUACUAUGAUUUGGAACAAACUAAUUAUAUUUUCUAAUACUAUUUACGACGCGUAGUAUGCAAAUUGGAACACAGGAAUUACGCAACAUACGUCAUUUCCCGUGCUAGUAGUAAACAGGAAGCGCACUGAGACCGCAAGGAGACGUCAAUUGAAAGAAACAUGGAGGGUUUGAAGUUUUCUAGCAACACCAUGCAGGUGAGUUUUGUGUGUCAGCGCUGCAGUCAGCCACUGAAGCUCGACACGUCCUUCAACGUCUUAGACAGAAUGACUAUCCAUGAGCUCACAGCUCCAUUAUUGACCGUGACAGCCAAUAAACAAUCAGAAAGCAGUGAGGGCAGCCGUUUUCCUGAGGAGACCUUUUUGGAGAGCAAACAGGAUGGUGUGUCUCGGAAAUACAUCCCACCCGCAAGGAUGAUGUCAACUGAAAGUGCAAAUAGUUUCACUCUAAUUGGAGAAGCUUCAGAUGGAGGAACCAUGGAGAACUUGAGUCGCAGGCUGAAAGUGACAAGUGAUCUGUUUGAUAUCAUGUCUGGUCAGACAGACAUUGAUCACCCACUGUGUGAGGAGUGCACGGACGCACUACUGGACCAUCUGGACACACAGCUCAGCAUGACAGAAAAUGAGUGCCAGAAUUAUAAGAGCUGUUUAGAGUUGCUGUCUCAACUGCCAGAGGAGGAGGAAGCCAGUCUACUGAAUGCACUGCAGCAGUUGAAACAAGAGGAGGAAUCUCUGAUCCAGGAGCUGGAGAGCAUUGAAGUGCAGCGCGAAGCCGUGGCCAAAGAGCUGGCUGAGGGACGCAACCAUAGCCAGCUGAUGGACACUGAAGAACUUCAGUAUCAAAAGGAGUACUGCGAGUUUAAGAGACAGCAGCUGGAGUUGGAUGAUGAUCUUAAGAGUGUGGACAAUCAAAUGCGUUACUGUCAGAUUCAGCUGGACAGACUCAAGAAGACCAACGUUUUCAAUGCCACCUUUCAUAUCUGGCACAGUGGGCAGUUCGGAACAAUAAAUAACUUCCGCCUAGGCAGAUUACCCAGUGUACCAGUGGAAUGGAAUGAGAUCAAUGCAGCCUGGGGUCAAACUGUACUUCUGCUGCAUGCACUUGCAAACAAGAUGGGACUAUGCUUUCAGAGAUAUCGACUAGUUCCUUAUGGAAACCAUUCCUAUUUGGAAUCUCUCACAGAUAAGUCCAAGGAGUUGCCGUUGUAUUGCUCAGGUGGUCUCAGAUUUUUCUGGGAUAAUAAAUUUGACCAUGCUAUGGUGGCCUUCCUUGACUGUGUCCAGCAGUUUAAAGAUGAGGUGGAGAAGGGCGACACAGGCUUUUGUCUGCCAUAUAGAAUGGAUGUGGACAAAGGAAAGAUCGAGGACACGGGUGGCAGUGGAGGUUCUUACUCUAUUAAGACUCAGUUUAAUUCAGAGGAACAGUGGACCAAAGCCCUCAAGUUCAUGCUCACUAACCUGAAGUGGGGUCUGGCCUGGGUCUCCUCGCAGUUUUACAACCGUUAGAUUUGAUCUCGACUCUGACACCUGAUCAGUGACACCAGGAAACCACAUGAAAUCUUCACAGUACUAAGAUCAGAAUUUACCUAAUUAAAAUCUUUUUGUGUGUGUGUGUUGUGUUUAACUGUUAAACACCAUUAAAUACCAGUGGUGUGAA